AUGAAUUUCAAAAGUAUUACGUUUUUUGCUGUGCUUCUGUCAUGCUUUUUGGUCUCAAAAGCUGAAAAAGUUGAAGUUGUGGUUGAAGGAGCAACUUCCAUUGCUCAAACCGAUGAAGAUUUUAUUUGUGUUACCCUUGAUUGGUGGCCUACAAACAAGUGUGAUUACGAUCAAUGUCCAUGGGGUCAAGCUGGACUUUUUAAUUUGGAUUUGAAGAACAAGAUUCUUGAAAAGGCUGUAAAAGCAUUUCAUCCUUUGAGAAUUAGAGUUGGAGGUUCAAUGCAAGAUCAAGUGGUGUACAAUGUUCGAAAUAAUAUUAAGAAUUGCAAACCAUUCGAAAAACAAGACAAAGGCUUCUUAUUUGGUUUCUCCAUUGGAUGUCUUGACAUGAAGAGAUGGGAUGAACUCAAUGAGUUUUUCAAUCAAACUCGAGCUAAAGUUACAUUUGGUUUAAAUGCUCUUAUCGGAAGAAAAGAGUCUGAAACUGAAAAGACUCUUUGGGUUGGUGAUUGGUAUUCACAUAAUGCUCGAGAUCUCAUGCGUUAUACAAUUUCUAAAGGAUAUAAAAUUGACUCUUAUGAAUUAGGAAAUGAAUUGUGUGGAGUAGGAGUUAGUGCUAGGAUUGAAGCUAAACAAUAUGCAAAAGAUAUGGCAACACUUAAAAAUCUUGUAAAAGAGAUGUAUCCAAAUCCUAAAACUCAACCUAAGGUUUUAGGCCCGGGAGGUUUCUAUGACAAGAAAUGGUUCGAUACUUUUUUGGAUGCUUCAGGACAUGACGUUAUUGAUGGAGUUACACAUCAUAUUUAUAAUCUCGGACCCGGUAAUAACCCAGAUGUGGUUCGUCGUGUCCAAGAUCCAUUUUUCUUGACUCAAAUUGCUCAAACAUUUAAAGAUGUUUCAAAUGCUAUUGACAAAUUUGCACCAUGGUCUGGUGCAUGGGUUAGUGAAUCGGGUGGAGCUUAUAACAGUGGCGGCCAAUUAGUAUCUUAUACAUUUGCAUUUGGCUUUUGGUACUUGGACCAAUUGGGAAUGACAUCAGUUUAUAACCACAAAGUUUAUUGCAGACAAGCUUUGACCGGGGGCAAUUACGCUCUUCUUAAUACUACUACAUUCAUUCCUAAUCCAGAUUAUUACGGUGCGCUUUUGUGGCAUAGAGUUAUGGGGAGUAAAGUUCUUUCCGUCACGCAUAAGGGUUCUCCAUAUUUGCGUGUAUACUCUCAUUGUGCCAAAAAGGAGCCCGGGGUUUCUUUUGUUUUCAUCAACUUAUCAAAAAAUACCUCAUUUGAAAUUGAUCUUUUCCAUGAUCUAAAUUUACAUGGUGGGAGUCCAAAUUUUGAAUUUAAAGGACGUAAAGAGCGAGAAGAGUAUCAUUUGACACCAAAAGAUGGGAAUAUAUUAAGCAGUGUUGUAUUGUUGAACGGAACACCACUGGAACUUUCAGUCUCGUUGGAGAUACCAGAGUUGAAGCCGAAGCUUGUGGAUGGUUUGAAACCCAUUAGCAUCGUUGCUCAUUCAAUCGCAUUCGUAACCAUUAGAGAUUUCAAUGCACCUGCAUUUAUAAUUCUUCUCUCAUGCUUCAACUCCCACUGUCUUAACUUGCUUGGUUUAGCAGACCCUGUAGUUAGUGGAAACGCCACUGAUAAACAAGCUUUACUCGAGUUCAAAGCCAAGAUAACUGGUGAUCAGCUCAAUGUUAUGGAGUCGUGGAAUAGGUCCAUUCACUUCUGUCAAUGGCAUGGCGUUACAUGCGGUCGCAAGCAUCAGAGAGUCACCAAAUUGGAUCUACAAUCCCUCAAACUCUCGGGAUCUUUAUCACCACACAUUGGAAAUAUGAGCUUCCUUAGGGUGCUGAAUCUUAUGGACAACAGCUUCUAUAACCAGAUUCCUCAAGAGAUUGGUGGUUUAAGGAGACUGGAAACAUUAUAUCUGACCAACAACUCCAUAAGUGGUGAAAUUCCUUCCAAUUUAUCUUCUUGUUCUAAGCUCACAAUAGUUCGUAUGGCAGGCAACCGGCUAACAGGAGAAAUACCUGCUUUUCUGGGUUUCUUGUCAAACUUGAAAGUCUUGAGUUUUUACAACAACAGUUUGAGAGGGAGUAUCCCACCUUCAUUGGGUAAUUUGUCAUCCUUGGAGGAACUUGCCUUGACAUAUAAUGCAUUAGAUGGGAUUAUACCUGAAACUCUUGCACAACUAACAAAUCUUUCAAGUUUUUUGGCAGCAGCAAAUGCAAUUUCUGGUACGCUUCCUGUUGCAAUGUUCAAUCUUUCCAAUAUUAGGUUCUUUGAUAUUGGUGAAAAUAAGAUUCAAGUUAAUCUUUAUACUGACUUAGCGAUCACUAUGCCAUAUGUUGAGUUCUUUUCUGUAAGGGGAAAUAAAAUCUCCGGACAAAUCCCGAUUUCAAUAACCAAUGCCUCAAAUCUACACGUACUUCAAUUUAAUGAUAAUAGACUUAGUGGAAAGGUGCCUUCCUUGGAGAAGUUGGAUAAACUAUCUACGCUUCAACUAGCCGUAAACGAUUUGGGACAUGGGAGAGAAGGUGACUUGAACUUUCUCUGCACUUUAGUCAAUAAUACCAAAUUAGAAUUUCUAUUUAUUAGUGACAAUAAUUUUGGAGGGGUAUUUCCUAAAUGCGUCAGCAAUUUUUCCAACACCCUUUUACGGUUAGAAAUAGACGAGAACAAAAUAAUGGGAAGAAUCCCAGAUGGGAUUGGUAAUCUCGUCAAUUUGGAGGCAUUAUUUGCAUCAGAAAACCAGCUGUCGGGUCCCGUACCAUUUGAGAUUGGGAGGCUUCAAAAGCUAAACAAAUUUUUCGCUCAUAUUAAUUUUCUCUCCGGAACUAUUCCCCAUUCUAUUGGAAAUUUAUCGGCUUUAACAGAAGUUGGUUUAGAUUUUAACAAUCUUCAGGGCAACAUUCCUCCAAUGGACCUAUUCCCCCUCAAUUACUUGGGGUCUCCUCCAUGUCCAUAA